AUGCGUCCAUCCACCGCCGUCGCCGCUGCGCUAUCGACGUGGCUCGCACUCGCCGCCGCGUUCCCUCGUCCCAUCGCCGGACCUCGAGCGCUGCCGGGAGCAGGCGCCAAGCCAAAGUACGCCGUCGUCCCUCUCGAGCCUGCCGAGGCUCAACCCGGUCAGGGCGACCGCCCGCCUUCCGAUGCCAAGGUCACCGUCGUCAAGACCGUCGUCAAGUCGAUGGAGCCCGCCACCAAGACGGUUUCGAAGACCAUCUCCAUCCCCGUCAUCGAUUUGUCGCCGGAACCAACGAAAACUGUCACCGUCACCCCGUCGGAGGCUCCUUCCAUCGUCCUAAUCUACCCGUCCUUUUCCAAUUCGACCUUGACCGUCACGGCCUCGUCCGACUCGUCCACCUCGUCCGCGGGACCGUUGACCUUGACGACGUCCGUCAUGUCCGUCACGUCCCAAACAACAUCAUCCGCUGCGGUCUCGUCUGCGAGGGCUUACAACUCGACGACAACGUUUGUCACGUCGACCAUGCACCGAGCGACAUCAUCCGCCACGUCCUCGUCCAUCACCUACGACGAUGGUCAGUGGCACACCACCUACCCCUCAUGGAAUGGGACGAUGAACCACUACCGCAGGUCGUGA